AUGUCGGCUGCAAAUUUCACACAAGUUACAAGAAAGUUGAACGAAUUGUUUCUAACGAACGAAUACAGAAGUGACAUAAUGACGGCGUUUAACCUCAGGAAUUGGUCAGAACUCACUUGUGGUCAGCGAAUUUUGGGAGCACAACUUCUGUUUCAUUUGUACCAGAUGUGUGUUGCUGAAAUCAGCAAAUCUGUUCUGUUGAAUGAGGAAGAAGAGUCGCACGCCCUGAAAGUAUCAGACAUGGGUCCGGAUGGAAGGGGAAAAAUUUGGUAUCUUGGCGGAUGGGCAACGCAUAAGUUGUUGGAAAAGUCCCGAAGAUAUGUCGUGGAAAACAGAUAUUCCACGUCACAAGAAGUCCUCGAUAAGGUCGUCAAAGAAAUGAAGAAGGUCACUCUGUUAGAGGAUAACGUCGUUGUUUCGAGUCAGUUCAUGCAGGAAACCUGAGAAGUUCCAGAAACCCUACAAGUUACUGAAUCAAGACAAUACCGAGAACGUGGGCUACUCAACAUAUCUGACUCGGCGUACGAGUUUUUCCUACUCUUGGAACAACAUAGGAACAACCACAUCAAUUUCAAUCGACUUGCUCAGCUUGGAUCCGACUUGAUUGAUGAUUCUGUCGCCUCAGUUACCAGGAACGAAGUUGUACAAAAUAUGUUUCUGAAUCUUUUCUGGUUAGAUAAUGCAGAAGAAAGGGGAGGUACAGAAUCAUAACAGAUGUUUAUAAUUUUAUACAUAACACAAUGUUCCUAAGAACAGUGCACGUGACAAGGCAUUUUUUAAUACCAUGGACUGGUGGGGCAUUUGCCCCACUGGGCCCCUUCCUCUGUCCCACCACUGAAGAAAAAUAAUGGCCUAUUGCCCCAAAGCCAGGGCCCUAGGAUCUGUAUUGAGUUAAUGAAUUUAACAUUGAAAAGAAGUUUAAAAAACAAAAUUUGUUGGUGCGCAUACUUAAACUUAUGUUGUGUUUGAAUGUUUAUAGCAUGUAAUUUAUUACAAAUGCUAUUUCAGAGACUCCAAUUUUAACAACUUCCUGGGAGCAUGCCCCCAGACAUCCUAGCUGACUCGUGCCUUCGGUACUCGGCUCACACCUUCGGCGAUCGCAACUAUUCAGAGGGGAGGGCAAGGAGAGAAUGGGCCCCCUUAAUUAGCCCCACCACUGACGAAUCCUUAAAAAUGCACUGGCACGUGAAUUCGAUGAUCAUAAGAAUUGGUAAAUACAUUAUUGAGAAAAAUUAUCGAUAUUAUAUAUAUAUACAUAUAUAGAAGGUUUGGUAAGUGAACGACGGAUCAGAAUAAUACAAUACUUAGACCAAACCGCCGGAGGACCUGAAUUGCAUUUUUCGCAACGUUCCCGGUUUGGUCUUAAAUAUUGUAAUAUUCUGAUCCUUCGUUCUUCCAACAAACCUUCUACAUAUAGUUCAGUUGAUAAAAACGAAGGGAGUGCAAAUCAAAAAAUAAUCCAUAAGUGAUAUCAUAUAUAUCUAAAUAUUUUUUGUUACAGGUUUUGGUAUUAGAAUUAUACCAUGAUAUCGUGUUGCGGUACCUGAGAAUGGGCGUUGGUCAAUUCCUUCGGGAUUUCCGAAAGGACUACAAAUUAAAGAAGUCCCUCGCACACCGGAAAGCUGUUCUGCAGAAAAAGGAGAAAGCAAACGUGAAAAAAAUGAAAGUACACAUGCCACAAAUCGAACAGGACAAAAGUAGCAACAAGCAACUCUCUCAUUUGCAGCUUCGUGCCUUGGUGGGCAAUAUAAAGGCAGUAGGAAUGAGAGCCAUGUAA